UUGCGCAACGCGGGCUCUCGGUCACAAAUACAUAUACAUAUACAUAAUAAAGUUUUACAACGCACGCACGCACGCACACACAUGCAUGAUAAAUACAUACAUUUGUACUGUGCCAGUUUCAAUCAAAUAUAAUAAUUAUUGUAAAUAGUUCCAUCAAACGUGUCGCGAAAGUUCUUGUUAAUAAUUCGGGCCAAAAUUUAACCCAACUAAUUUUACCGAAAUUAUACAUAGAAAAAUUGAGGCUGUGCCGACUCCAUGUGGAAAUGGCACUAAAUUUCAAUUGGUUAUAAUCAACUUAAGUGUACUUACAAUCUAACUAACUAACUUAGAAACAAACAAACAAACCAACGACCCAGUAAAGAUGUAGUCAAGACCCAGCAAUGUCUUAAGUGUACCGGCCAGCUGGUGAGCUGAAAUCAAACUGGAUCUUGGAUAUCCGAAAUUCCAUAUUUGCGUUACCUGAGAAACUUUGAGCGGGUAGUUUGAGGAAUGGAAUCGAUGAAUGAACUAAUUGAUUCGCAAGCGUUCAGCCAGCAGCUGAUUGUGGAAACAAGUGAAUUUAUUGGAGUUGAACCAGCACACCAGACGCAGACGCAGACACAGGAGGGCGAGUCCGAGUGCGGUGGGGGGUCUGGUGAUGCAGUGACAGGAAUGAAGUACGUCAAGCCACGUUCAGAUCCGCAUUCGCCGGCGGCUCUAAGCAGCCAGGCCAUGCAGACCCUGAUCGCAACACACACGGACAGCAGCCGGUUGCAUGAUGAUGAGGAUUCCACGUCUGUGGUUAUGGUCAUCGACGAAAUGGGUCACAACAAUUUGCAGGCGACCUAUCAAAUUGUGCCUCAACAGCUUCAACUGCACGGUGGCCGGAGUCUGCCAAUGUCCCUGCUUCCGAUGCACCAGGAGCGUCAUAGUCCAGUCGAUUUCGGGGGUUCAGACAUAAGCCUUGAUGGCUUGAGCGUAAGUACAACAUCCCAGAUAAUUGCAGUCAAACAGGAGCACAAGCUGGUCAUUGUACGGGAAAACGCCGAUGUCAAUGGGAUUAAUCGCCGCGCCAGCCCUCAUAUCGACAUUAACAUGUCAAAUAUCAAUGUGAGCGUCAUCGAUGAGCUCUCCUCUGAUGGCGGCGGCGGCGUCGGCGGCGGCAUGGAGGAGGUCACUCUAAACCAACAUCACCAACAGCUUUUGGAUGACCAGCACCACCAUCACCAGCACCAUCAGCACCAGUCCCAUCAGCACCAGCCCCAUCAGCAGCACCACCACCAACAAUAUGGUCAUCGACUUGCCGCAUCCUCAUCCGAAUUGAUCCAUCACCAGGUCCAGGUCCAGCAGCAGCAGCAGCAGCAGCAGCAGCGUCAACAUCAGCGUCCAGUACAACUGGGAAUGGGCAGUCAUGGACAUGGGCAUCAUCGAGAGGCGCUGUCCGUUAUUGUGCAGGCACAGGAGGACAUUGACGAGGACAUUGAUGAGGACGAGGAUGAUGAUGACCGCGAUUCGGGGGGGCAGUUGCUUAGCCCUGCUUUGGCCGUUGACAAUGCACUGGAGCAUAGCACGUACCAAACAUUGACAUCGGUCAAUAAUCGCAUAUCAGAGCCGGGCUUCAGCCCAACGUCAUAUGCAACGCUGACACCUAUCCAGCCGCUUCCGCCCAUAUCCACGAUGUCCGAUAAGUUCGCCUAUGUGGGUCACAUUUCCGGCAGCGCCAGUUCGUCGGGCAGCGCCAAUGGCAGCAACAAUUCGACUGGCAGGAUCAGCAACAACUGUGGCACUGGCGGCACCUCGGAUGGCUCAUUCACCAGUUUACCUAUGCCCAUUGAGGGCGCACACCAGGGCUCCUUGGGUAACCUGAGCUUGAGCGGAUUGGGCGGAGUUCAGUCGCCGUAUUCCUCCUAUGAUAAAUUGCCUUCGCUGAUUUCACCUCCGCCUCACAAUUUUGCCAGCUCUCCAUCGCACGGACUGUCCGGAAUGGUUGGCUCAUGCGAUCUGCACACUCACAGCUCCUCGGUGCCAUCGCCGGUGUCUGGCUCGGUGCCAGGUGGUGGUUGUGAUACGCUCUCGCCUCACUCCGAGUUGCACUCGCAUUCGCACUCACAUUCUCCUCAACUUCAGGGUAAUGUUGGUUUGAAUGUGCAUAAAGCCGGCCAGCAAGGACAAGGACAUGGACACGGACACGGACAUGAUCAUAAUCAAGGUAGUCAGGCUAUGCAACUGGCACCGGUAGCUCUUCAGAAACAGAUAAUAUGCCUUUCGCCAACAAGUGGCAUUUCCGACGGGGUCGUUGUCAGCGAUUAUGAAUCAUCCUACCGCACACAUCAUCAUCAUCAUCAUCAUCAUCAUGAGCAUGAACUUCUAAUGGCCACGUCCUCCACAUCGAACAAUUCGACUGGCGGUCGCAGCUCUCAGCUAAGGUUGCAGCAUAGCCCAACGCUUAGUCCGCACUCGGUAUCUGCCGGUUCCGUGGUCUCCAUGUCAUUGCACUCGCCGGCAUCGGUUGUUACGCUGCCGCACAUGAACGGAUCCGUUGCAAAUCUUACGGUUGACUUGCCCGUCGUUGUCUCGCUUUCGCCGACACCGCCGCCCGGCGAUGGCUCGAUUGCUGUUAAUAUCGAUGAAAUUGUCCAGCGACAGAGUCAAAAGCAACAACACCAGCAACAACAACAGCACAGUCAUCACGACGGCAAUGAAUGCAAUCCAAACGGCGACCAUAACCUAACCAAUAUAACUAGUAGCAAUAACUUGGAAGUGUGCAAUAUAAGUCAACAACAGAACGGAUUCGUCGGCGAGCAACAAACCCAGCCCAAGCUGGCAACGCAUUCCCCGAAAUUAACUGGAGUCGCAUCGGCGGCAACAAUGUCCAGCAACGUCUCCUCGACAGCUGCGGUCAACAACAAUCGUUCAAACGGUCCCAAUGACAUGGAGGAGAUCAAUACCAAGGAGCUGGCUCAACGCAUCUCCGCCGAGUUGAAGCGUUACAGCAUACCGCAGGCGAUUUUUGCACAGCGUGUCCUUUGCCGAUCGCAGGGUACGCUGUCGGAUCUAUUGCGCAACCCGAAGCCAUGGUCCAAGCUUAAAUCGGGACGCGAGACCUUCCGCCGCAUGUUCAAAUGGCUCCAAGAGCCAGAGUUCCAGCGCAUGUCCGCCUUGCGCAUGGCAGCCGCACAGAUACCCCAGCGACCAGCAACUGGCGUUGGUUCUGGUUCCGUUUCUGGUUCCGGUUCUGGUGUGGGUAGCAUGGGAAAUGUUGUGUUUUCAUCGGGAUCAGCAUCGACGGCCCCCGCCGUCGUGUUGACCAACACAACUUCGGACGCAUCGCAUGGCUCAACCAUUUCGGGAAAUUCCAUGUUAAGCGGAUCUGCCGGUUCUGGUGUUGGCGUCGGGUCCAAUUGCCGUCGCAAGGAGGAGCCGCAUAUAGAACAAAUGCCGCAGCCAAAAAAGCCGCGUCUAGUGUUUACGGAUCUACAGCGGCGGACACUACAAGCAAUUUUUAAGGAAACAAAGAGGCCUUCAAAGGAGAUGCAAGUGACAAUUGCACGCCAGCUGGGGCUGGAGCCGACCACGGUGGGCAACUUCUUUAUGAACGCUCGUCGACGCUCCAUGGAUAAGUGGCGCGAUGACGACACCAAGAAUGCACAGCAUCCGCAUGGUCGGUCACAUGCGCAUCAGACGGAGGAGACGGAGGAGGAGAGGGAGAGCAACAGUGGAACGCAUGGGCAUUACGGAAGUCUGCAUACGACAGCGAUGUCGCCAUUGGGGAACUUCGACGAUGAGGGCGAAAUGGACUUGGACCUGGAGCAUCAUGAUUUCCUGGUGGACGAUCACGACGAUAACGAUGAGCACGACGACAUGUUGUGACAUAAUGGCAAACAGACGCGAAGAACACAGCGCAGCAAACAGUCCCAGAGUGAAAAUAUUACUCAGAAUUCCUGCACUCGCACCUUUACUCACAGCCACACCCAUGACGAUUCCGAAUCGGAUGCGGUUACGGAUAAUAAUAUGAAUCCAGGUCCGACGUUUACGCACUCAAGACCCAAUAGGAAGAUCGUAUUAUCGAAGCGUACCAAAAGACUUCCGAAUCAUAAGAAUCGGAUCGUAAGAACAGCCUUCAACGUAAAUCCCGACGAACUAGGCCACUUUCAACUAGUUGAGCUCGAGUCUGAGAAAGAGGAACCACAAGCUAAUCAGACACGAUCGCAUCCAGACUCCGACCCGGACUCGUUGCCGGGCCAAUGGUCGCCCAGUUUGGUUGUGCAACAGGCGGACAUAUCGAUUGAUGGCUUGGGGGUUGCCGAUUGUAUUGAGUACCUGAAUAAUCAGGUAGAAGUGGACGACAGCUUGCUGGCCAGCAUCAACUCGGCAAAGCUUGUGUCGGUUCGCUUAGGUUCAAAUUAUUACAAAGAUCCGAAAUUAAAACUAAAUGAUCGUUGGUCCACCAAGCUUCAAUUACACCACUUCAAUUAACCUAGUUUACAUUUCGUUCUCCUCACAAGAGCUAUGUGAAAAUAUCGAUCCUUACACCUACACACACUUAUAAUAUAAAGGGUGUUUUUCUUUGUUUUUGGGUACCACAGACCUAUUUUUGUCAAACAAAGUGAAAGUAAAAGUGGUCGACGGUGCACAACUAGGAGAUACUCAGCAAUAUUUCAUUUCCAAUAAAUCCGUAAGCUCUCUCCUCUUGUAGUUAUUCUUGUGAUGUAAGUUCAUGCUAGGACUUUUUUAUUUAACAUCCGAUCGACCCAUAACUCAUUUCGAAAGAUCUUUGUGCAAAUUCAUUUCGAACCUUUCGCAAAAUCCAGACCUCCUUGGUGGAAAAUGGGUGGAAACGAUUUGUGCUAUUUCCUACUUUUUCCCAAAAUGGUACGAAAGCUCUUUAUCUUAUUGAAUGAACAAAUGGUUCAAGGAUAUUGGAAGUGAAUACAGAAACUUAAAACGUAUUUUCAAACAUAGAUAUGUGAAAUAUAAUUUGAGACAUGCUGUUCAAGGAAAUGAGGGUAUAUUUCGAUUUGCCACGGUGGAGAAUGUGUGGAAAAGUGAUAUCUUAAAUAGGUAAUAGGCCGUGGAGAAAACGCCAAUUUUAUAAAUGCACAAAAAAUGUUAACCACAAUUUUGGAAAUUGAUAACUUCUGGGUAAAUAUUCUGGGAAAAAUCUGGCAAAAUGAGAGAUAUAUAGCUUAGAAUUUGGGCACAUUUAUUUUGUAAAGGUUCAGUGCCAUUUUUCGACCUGAAAACCCUAUAUAAAGCUCAAUCUUCAAAAAAGUCAUGCAAGAAUCAAUUUUCCAAAGUGUGAAGAUAUCUUCUGGUUGAGUACUUAACAAUCUUUGUUUUUUUUUUCUCAAAUAAAAAAACUAAUCAAUUCCAUAAAUAUUUUGGGACUAACGAAGUGGUAGACAAAAAAGUCUUUGGAAGUUUCACUCAGUUAACUUUCAUUGAAAGCCAAUAUGCUCAGUAUAUGGUAUAUGGUAUAUGGUUUUUGUCUCUUUGAACCAAUAAAAAAAGUCCUUGUAAAUGAUGCAAAUUUCUUUGGUACCUGAUUCGAAAAUUCAGCUUAUUUUGUAAGACAAUUUCUUUGUUAAUCUUUCUCUUACCCUAUACCGUUAAGUAGUAGAAAAUAGUACUGUACAUUUGAUGUGGCAAUAUACUAACUUUUGCGAGCGUAAUAUUUUAGUUUACAGACAUUUUAGACAAGCUCGGACAUGUACACACACACACACACACAUACACUUUAAAACGCAUGUACAUACAUACAUACACACAUACAUUAUUAGAUGCGUUUGAAACCGAGUGAUGGAAACUUUUAAAAUCUCACAAAAAGAAUGUCAAAAAUGUAACUAUGUAAAUCUAGUCAAAUUUAUAAAAUAAACAAGGUACAACUAAAUACAAAUAUAUAAUAAUAAUAAUAAUACACUGAAGUCAUUUAAACUUAAACACACAAAUAACACUAUGUGUAAAUACUGUAAUGCUUUUUACAUUAUCGAAAUUUAACUAUAUAAAUAUGUAUAUGUAUAUACGCGUGUACUAUUAGAAAGGAACAUACAUAUAUAUACACACACACAUGUGCAUAUUGUAUGUACAUAAGUAUGUACGGUUAUUUAGUUUUGCAAAUACCAAAUACCAAAAGAAAAAAAUACCAAUGUUUAAUGUCUUUAUAUUUUCUCACUGAAGAUAGAAUCCAAACAUUUAGAAACAAGUAGCACGAAUGACUUAAUAUAUAAUAUUAUAUUAGUUAUGUGGGUGCAUAUACAUAUAUAUAUAUAUAUAUAUGGUAUAUGCAUACUACUUAUUAUUUAACAGUUAUUGAAGAAAAAUAUGAACACGAAUGCGAAUACUCAUACAGAUGCAGCGCUAAGAUACAUAUAUGCUAGUCAAUUUAGUCUAAACGAGGUGCAAACACAUACAAUGCACAUACAAUGAACACUACAAAUAUUAUAAAUGGAGUACGUACAUUUACGUAGACCCAUUCAAAUACUUACAUACAUAUGUAUAAAUAAGGUAAAUGCAAUAAAUAAAACAAAUCCAAAUUCCGCAACUAAUUAUUUAAUUUCAAUCCUUUUUUAAGCUGCCUCUCCUACUCUUUCUUUAAGUAUCAUAUCUGAAGUAAUUGUGCAAUAAAUAACAUCUAGCACAUGAAA